AUCAGACCACUCUGUCAGUCAUCUCUCGUGCUGGCCCAGAGAAGUGGGCGGCGUUUCUGGAUCUUGUUGAUACGUUUCUUUCUCUUUGCGUAGUAGAAUCUUAACUUGUAUUUGCAGCAGCGCCUUGUCUCCUGACGGAGCUUCACAUCGUUCUGUGGUCUCACUGAGCUGUUUUUGUUUGUUCUUCAUACAUGAUGUAAUCUGUCUCUGCAGGUCGUAGCGCCACCAGACUGAAAGAGAGGAUGAGGGCUGACGGACUGAAACACUGAGGUCUUUAUCCUCCAUCAACUCACAUCAGAACUUUCCUCUGGACCUUUUUAACGAAGAGGAGCCGUCUGAUCCAACAUGGCCGCUGUGGGCACUCUCCUGCUGCUGUCGGUGGCGUCCGUCUGCGGCGGCGGCCUGGUGGCGGUGAACUCCGGCGUGCAGGUGACCAGGGGUCGCUCGGUGUUCGUCACACAGAAGGAGCUGCAGAUCACCGUGGAUCCGUCUGCAGACUGUAAGGUGGAGGUGGUGAUGAACGAACCGGUGACUCAGAGAGUGGGACGACUCAUUCCUCAGGUGUUUGACUGCAGCUUCCUGCAGGACGAAGUCAAAUACGUCCACAACGGGAGUCCUCUGCUGGACGAGGACUCGGUGAUGCUUCGAGUCUACAGGUUCACGUCCUCCGACACGCUGGUGGAGACCGUGGUGCUGCCGGUGCUGGUGGUGGACUCGGGGUCCCGGGUGGUGGACUCGGGGUCCCUGGUGGAGGACUCUGGGUCCCGGGUGGAGGACUCUGGGUCCCCGGUGGUGGACUCGGGGUCCCGGCUGGUGGAGCUGGGCGCCGCUCCGCUGGUGGUUCCUCUGUUCUACGGUCUGUCCAACGCCAUCGACGGCUCGGUUCUGAGGAUCCGGACCGAGGCGGAUCUGGUCUGCAGCGUCAGACUGAUGACGGUGGACACCAGCGUCCCCGCUCUGGGUCAGCUGGUCCGAGAGGAGGACGCCACCCAGAGGAAGGGCCGAGAGACGGCGGCGCUGUGUCCCGGCAACAAGCCGUGUCCCCACAACACCAGGGAGGUGGGCUUCCUGAAGACCAGCUGCCAGGACUUCCUGAGCUCCGGUCUGAAGUACCAGCACCUCAGCCCCCCGUCCCCCGAGAUCGACUACAUCCCCAUCAGGGUGGAGCUGAGGGAGCAGGAGACCCGGGCCCUGCAGGAGGAGGAGUCGGUGUGGUUGCCGGUUCUGAUCCACGGCGCCGUGCCCAACACGCCGCCGCAGGCCGCCUUCAUGGCGUCCUUCAUCCUGGAGGUGGACCAGUUCAUCCUGACGCCGCUCACCACCGCCUCGCUGGACGCCACCGACCACGAGACGCCGCAGGAGAAGCUGGUGUUCAACGUGACGGCGCCGCCCGCCGACGGCUACGUCACCCACCUGGACGACCACACCAAGGCCGUCGCCUCCUUCAGCUGGAGCGACCUGCACGACAUGAAGGUGGCCUACCAGCCGCCCAACAGCAGCCGCAGCCACCGCACCAACUACCAGGUGGAGUUCCAGGUGAUAGACGGGUCCUACAUGAGCAGCCCGCCCAUCAUGGUCCACAUCUCCAUCAGGACGUCCGAAACAAACGCACCCAGAGUCUCCUGGAACAUGGGCUUGGACCUGCUGGAGGGUCAGUCUCGACCAAUCACGUGGGAGCAGCUGCAGAUCGUGGACAACGACAACCUGGACGGCGUUUACCUGGUGGCGGUGGACGGACCGCUGCACGGACGCCUCAGUGUCAGAGGCGGGAAGGCGUUCAUGUUCCGUGUGCGGGACCUGAAGGAGGGCGUGGUCGUGUACCACCACUCCGACAGCGACACCACCCGAGACCACAUCGUGUUCCGUAUCAGCGACGGGCGCCACAGCGUCCGCCACAAGUUCCCCAUCAACAUCCUGCCCAAGGACGACUCGCCGCCGUUCCUCAUCAACAACGUGGCGGUGGAGGUGCAGGAGGGAGGCGCCGUGCGGCUGGAGGAGUUCAUGCUGCUCGCCUCCGACCUCGACUCCAGCGAUGACUACAUCCUGUACCGGCUGGAGGCCCGCCCCCGGGCCGGGACCCUGGUCAGGAGGAGCUCCGCCCACCAGGCCGGAGACGCGGUGGACAGCUUCCUGCAGAGAGAGCUGGUCCAGGGUCAGAUCUACUACCAGCACUCAGGAGACGAGACGUUCGAGGACGCCUUCGACAUCUCGCUGUCAGACAGCCACCAGCCGCCAAACCUGUCGCAGACAUACACGGUGGUGGUGCAUGUGUUCCCGGUGAAGGACCAGCUCCCUGAGGAGGUGUCUGGCAGCAUUCGUUCUCUGACGGUGAAGGAGACGGAGGUGGUCUACGUGACUCCUCAUCACCUCCACUUCAUCGACAGGGAGCACCCGGACACCGACCUGACCUUCGUCAUCACGCAGCCCUGCUCCGCCCCGAUGCAUCCUGGGCUGAUGGACGCUGGUCGACUCUUCUACACAGACAGCACCUCCUCCAUGAGGAGAGACCACAUGGUGCCGGUCCUCAAGUCCUUCACUCAGCACGCGGUGAACCACAUGAAAGUGGCCUUCAUGCCUCCGGUGGAGGACAUCGGCCCCGAGCCGCUCUUCGUCCAGUUCGUCUUCUCCGUCAGCGACCACCACGGCGGCACCGUGUCCGGACUCCUCUUCAACAUCACCGUCACGCCCGUGGACGACCAGCCGCCAGAGGCGUUCACCAACCUGCUGCGGGUGGAGGAGGGAGGAGGAGCCUUCCUGACCGAGGAGCACCUCCUGGUCCAGGACCGGGACAGUCUGGAGGAGGUCCUGAUGGUCCUGGUCCAGAGGACGGCUCGCCACGGACGCCUGGAGUUGCAGGGACGCACGCUGCUGCAGGGGGACGGCUUCAGUCUGCAGGACCUCAGAGGACUCAGACUCAGGUAUAUCCACGACGACUCGGAGACGACGGAGGACGACGUCCACCUGCAGGUGACGGACGGAGUGAACGCUGCAGACGUUAUGCUGCUGAUUCAGGUCCUGCCCAUGAACGACGAGCCCCCCCAGCUGGGCGGGGGUCUGCGAGGGGAGCUGAGCUGUGAGGAGGGGGGGCGGGUCCAGGUGACGGUGGACUUCCUGUCUGCCACGGACCGGGACAGCGAGGACUCCCGGCUCACCUACAUGCUGGCCCGCCGGCCCGGGCGCGGCGAGCUGCAGAGAGCCGGACUCAGCGUGGACAAGUUCUCCCAGCAGGACCUGCUGCAGGGACACGUCUACUACGCCCACACGGGAGGAGAGAUCGGAGCCGAGCCGGUCUUUGACACCGUCACUCUCAUCAUCUCGGACGGCGAGGCCGGAGGGACGGAGGGCUGUUGCCACGGAGACGCCCCGCCCCCGCCCGUCCCCCUCCACGGCACACUUCCUGUCUACGACCUGAACAUCACCGUGCUUCCUGUCAACAACCAGGUCCCCACCGUCACUCUGGGUGAGUCCAUGCUGGUGGUUUCUGAGGGCUCCUGGUCCUGUGUGUGUGUUGGGGUCCUGGGGGCCUCGGACCCCGACAGUCCCCCCGACCAGCUGACCUUUCACCUGGAGGCUCCGCCCCUUCACGGCUUCCUGGAGAACACGCUGCCGCCACCGGGCUCCGAGAAGAGCGGCGCCGGGGUCCCAGUGGAAUCCUUCAGCCUCGUCCACCUGACUUCAGGUUUCAUCAACUACGUCCAAUCAGAGAGUAAGGGGGCGGAGCCUACGGUGGACCAGCUGUCCGUCAGUGUGAGUGACGGGCUGCAUAGCUCCGCCCCCGUCUCCCUCUACAUCAUCAUCACUCCGACCAAUGACGAGGCUCCGUCGCUGCUGCUCGCCAACUUCACCGUGAAGGAGGGCGGUCUGAGGGAGCUGACUCCGUUCCUCCUGGACGCCUCCGACCUGGACGCUCCUCCGGACCUCCUUACCUUCACGGUGGAGACGCCUCCUGCUCACGGACUCCUCCUCAACGGGAUCUACGGCUCCGACAGCAGCCGCUACAGAGAGAUGGGGGAGGAGCUGCUGCAGAGGAGCCUCCCCGUCACCUCCUUCACCCUGCAGGAGCUCAGGCAAGGGAUGAAGCUCCUCUACCUCCAUGAUGACUCUGAGUCUCAGGAGGACUUGGUGUCUCUGAUGUUGACAGAUGGCGUCCACUCUGUCCGGGGGACGGCGAGGGUCACGGUGCUGCCGGUCAACGACCAGAGACCCACACUCAUCAGGAGCUCCGGGCUGCAGUUGGACUUUGGAGAGCGGAGGGUGAUCUCCAGCGUGGUGCUGCAGGCGGAGGACCAGGAUUCUCCUCCAGACCAGAUCUACUUCUACCUGAACACAGAGCCUCGAUACGGAGCGCUGCAGCUCAGGGAGGAGUCAGGUCUGGUGGAGCUGUCAGCAGGUCAGAACUUCACUCAGGACGACGUUGAGAUGAAUCGAGUGUUUUACCGCCACGUCGCCUCCAGCAGCAGCGCCGCCGCCGGGUUCAAAGGUCACGACAGCUUCCGCUUCACGCUGAGCGACCUCGACAACGAGACGCCGCCGCAGAGCUUCUUCAUCUCCGUCACCACGCCGCACAAAGGUGAGCUGCGUCUGCUGACGGCGUCCCUUCAGCUGACGGAGGGUCAACGCGUCGUCCUCAACACCGACGUCCUGCUGGCGUCCGACGCCGCCAGCCGUCCGGAGGAGCUGCUCUACACGGUCAGUGUGCCGCCGCGACACGGCCUCGUCCACGCCGUCCAGGCGCCCGGCGUCCCGCUGACACGCUUCACCCAGCUGGACGUCGCCGCGCAGAAAGUCUGUUACACACACGACAACAGUCACCAAGCAGAGAGGGACUCCUUCAGUUUCGUCGUCUCAAACGGCGCCUCGUCCCGCAGCGGCAGCCUCCACUUCACCAUCGAGCACGGCGACCGCAUCCCGCCGACGCUGCAGCAGAACGGCGGCCUGCAGCUGCAGGACGGCGCCACGGCAACCAUCGGCGCCGAUCGGCUGCAGCUCACCGACCCCGACACCGCCGCCGCCAACCUGAGCUUCGUCGUGACGCAGCCCCCGCGGUACGGCCGGCUGCUGCUGGGCGGAGUCCCGCUGGCGCCGCCGCUCACGUUCACGCAGAGCGACGUGGACGAGCGCCGCCUGGCGUACCGCCACGACCCGGGCAGCCCGGCCGCCAUCGACAGGUUCUACUUCCUGCCGAGCGACGGCAGCAACAGAGGAUACCUGGAGUUCGGACAGCUGAGAGACGAGCCGGCCGUCUUCAACAUCCAGGUGGACCGGGUGGACAGGACUCCUCCCAGUCUGAGCAUCAGGAGGAGUCCCAGCAGCGUGGUGGAUCUGGGCGCCGGGCGCUACGCCAUCUUCAUCACCUCCAAACACCUGCAGGCCUCCGACCCCGACAGCCCCACGGAGCAGCUGGAGUUCUCCGUCAGCAGGCCGCCGCACUUCGGAUACCUGGAGAACGCUCUCACAGGAGCUUACAUCAAGGGUCGGUUCACCCAGCGGGACGUGGACCAGCGCGCCGUGAUGUUCGUCCUCCCCGCCGACAUGGAGGUGACGGCCGACAGCUUCCAGUUCCUCCUCGUCGACCCGGCGGGAAACACGGCGCUGCCCGAAAUUCUGGAUCUGUCCUGGUCCCGGGUGGAGCUGACAGCAACCUGCUACAGAACCUGUGAGACGGCAGGAACGCUGCAGAUCCAGAUCCAACGCAGCGGGAGGAGCCAAGACCCGGCAUACGUAGCCAUCCAGGUGGAGGAAGGUUCGGCUAAACCCGGCAGAGAUUUCACUCACAGCUCCGCUGCUCUGAUCCAGUUUGAUCCAGGCGUCAGUGUGAAAACGUGGAACAUUUUCCUGAUCGACGACGGUCUGGAGGAGAACCACGAGACGUUCACUGUCACCCUGAAAAACCCCAAAAACGCCGUUCUGGGACAGAGGACGACGGCCAGCGUCGAGAUCAUCGACCCCAGAGGAGGACGCUGUGAUCCAGACGACCUGAGGGUGGAGGAGGACGAGAAGCGACUCCCUGCUCCUCCUCUUCCUGCUCCUCCUGCUCCUCCUGGGCCGGGGGAGGAGGAGGACCCGGUCACCGACAUCGAGGCGGAGCUGCUGUGGGAGAACCAGCCUCCUCCUCCCCGGGGGGACGUCCCCCACCGCCGGGCCGACCUGGACUACGGAGAGGCGGAGCCACAGGACCAGGCGGCCCCCAGCAGCUGGGGCCACGCCCACCACCACAGCAGGCUGCUGCCAGGGAACACCGGGAAUACUGGGAAUACUGGGAAUACCGGGAAUACCGGACACACCAGGGUCAGACAUGGAGGAGUAAAGGUUCAUCUGUCUGGAGAGAGGAGGUCUGAGGAGAAGGUGUGGACGUUCCACAGUCUGACUCCUCUCCGUCUGGAGGAGGUGAAGCCGGGGGACGCUGGCUGGAGCUGGUCUGGCCUCCUGCAGGACCUCCCUGCUGGAGAUCCUCCUCAGAUGGAUCAUCCAGAACCUCGACACCACCCAGAGCUACGCCAGCGCAAGACAGGGAAGUCAGUGAGCAGCUCGUGUCCUGACGGUUGGACUCACUACAGGAGACGCUGUUACAUCGUGGGCUCGUCUGUGGCGAGCUGGGGCAGCGCCGAGAGGAGCUGCUCGCUGCUCUUUAACAGCAGCCUGACCAGCGUGCGCUCCAGAAGAGACAUGACCUGGCUCUGGAAGUUUGCAGGAAGGAAACCAUUCUGGAUCGGUCUGUCCGGAGGUCCGGGUCGCUGGAUGUGGGCUGACGGUCGCUCCUUGUCCUUCUCCAGACUGAAGGGGGCGCCGUCGGGCCGCGGCGAGCCCGAUGGCGGCUCGGACUGCGUGCUGGUUGAAAACCCCAGAAGCUGGAUCUCCACCAGCUGCUCCCCCGAAACUCAACACACCUUCAUCUGUUCGUCGCCGGCUCACACUCACUGAGAGACACAUUCAACGACCUGAACACGUUGGAGUCAUAUUUAAUGAUACGCAAUGAUGCUGCUCUGUACAUUAGUUUUCAUAUUUUUGUCAUAAUAAAGAUCGCUGCACAAACUG